AUGAUACAAUUAACAUUCGUUGGAACGCAUGGAAUGCAAAAUUAUUUUCUUCUAGUAACUUUUUUUUUCCUGUUAAUAUCGAAAAACUUUGCACGAGCGUACUCUAUAUCUUGGGUUUACGAGGAUCUUGUGGCGCAUCCACAGUACAAAGUUGUUUAUGAAAAUCAAUUUAUUCCCAACAGUAGCCUAGAGAAUAUUGUUUUUGAUGAAGUCCAGACGGAAAAUAGUAUCGUUCCUUCCGCGUCUCAGGAUACAUCAAAUAAUGCAGAUACCAAGAAAACUUCAAUCAUGAUGCGUACGGCCUCCGGGCAAUCUUACAUAUGUCAGAUACCAUAUGUUUCUAAUCUAACGGUGGUGGAAGAAAAAAAGCCCGAAGAAAAAAAUGAUAAUGUUGAAUUGAUGAAUAAGGGUUUGGCGCUUUUAGAACCCAUGAAAGACGAUUGCUUAUAUUAUAUUCAUGGAUGGUGGACUUAUGAAUAUUGUCAUCUCAGGCAUGUUCAGCAAUUUCAUGGGAUGCCACCUGCAGAAAAUUCAAAUGUGGUGUACCUUUUGGGUAGAUAUGAUCCUCGAAUGGCAACGUUGCCGGGGAAAACUGCGCGUAAUAAGCAUUCACUAGGCACCGAUUUGCAAGCGGGUAGGGGAAAAAAAUAUUUAGUUCAACGUUGGGGUGAUGGUACAACCUGCGAUUUGACCGGAGAGCCUAGAAAGGUUGAGAUUCAGUUUCAUUGCAAUCCUCAAUCCAGAGAUGGCAUUGCUUUAGUAAAAGAAAUGUACACCUGUUAUUACCUGAUUGUCAUACACACACCAAGGUUAUGUAACGAUCCAGCGUUUCACAGCAAAACUUCUUUCAAUGUUAAUCCCAUAGAAUGCUGGCCGAUUGAACAAUAUGAACGUAGCUUGGAAAGUCAACCCAAGAGCUUAGAAAGUGAUUCGCAAGAAGAGAACUCUAGUGUUAAUAGCGAUGAGGCCAGAGAUGAAGAAAGUAAAGAAGAGACGGAAGAUUUAACGGAUAAAGAUGGUCACCUAGAUCAAUUGCUUCGUGAUCAGACGAAAUCAGAAAAAUUAAUAUCUAUCGUGAAUAUGUACGUGGCAGAAAUGAAAGACCUAGAUGAAUCGAUGGAUGAGGAGAAGCAAUCUGGUGAUCAUAAACGUAAGGUUAAAUUUUAUAUCAUGAAUGAUGGACAAAUAAAACCGUUAGAAAAUACCGAUUCGACGGCCAAAAAUGAAGAAUCAUCAGACACUAAAACCCACAACGACGACGAUAAUAAAGAAAUUUAA